AUGGGACGUGCGAGAGGAGGCGUCAAGGUUCCUAACGUCAAGCUACGACCAGCAGAAACGUCAAAGGCGCCGUCAACACGCAGAAAUGUAAUCGAUUCGGAUGAGGAAGACCAGGCAGACGACACAUAUGAACUCCAAGGACCACGAGCAAUCUUCAGAGGUGUGAUCCUCUGUGCUACCGGCAUCAAGGACAAGCGCACCAUUUUCGACCUCGUCAGGCGAAUGGGUGGGACGCAUUCCACCGACUUCACGGACGCCACUACGCACUUAGUUGCAUCUGAACCAGGCAGUGAAAAGUAUCGUUGCGCACUUGAACGUGGCGUACCCGUUGUCACGCCUUCUUGGAUAUACGGCGCGCACGAUCGCUGGAAGCUAGGGGAAAACUUCUCAGUCGAGUCUACCAUACCAAGUCACCGACUACUUCCUUUUAUUGGAGUUCGGAUCUGCGUCACGGGUAUCGAGGUGGCCGACAUUCGCAACAGAAUACACAAGCUCACAAAGGCCAAUGGUGGAGAGUAUCUCAAGAGUCUAGACAAGACCUGUACCCACCUCUUGUGCGCGGCGGAGUCGUCACCCAAGGUGGACUACGCAAAUAGAGUGAACGCUGAACGAGAAGUCGCUCGAGGCCGAGCAGACGGAGGAGAAGUACCUCCAUCUAUCGAGGUGUUGUGGGAGGAAUGGUUCUGGGACUGUAUACACGUGGGCGGUCGCCUUCAGACUGAACCCUAUCAUAUAGUGAAGCCACGACCGGAGCCCAUGUCGCGUAGCGUGAUGCACUCACCUGAGGUCGCUAGGCCCUCACUUCCUCCUCCCCCCUCAGUGGGACUUCCAGAGCAACUUCCCCUCUCAAGUCUGUUGGCUGAUGCAAAGGAUACCGCCGCACCAACCAAAGUAAUCAGAGGAGCCGCCCUGUCCCAGUGGAAUGCAAUUACUGGUUCCAGAGGCGCUCCAGCGACCAGUGGUUUUGCGCCCAGCACUCUACGAAGUUCUCACGUCAACCGCAAGUCUAGAAACGAGUCAAGUUCAAGUCCUGUCAAAAAGACCUGGGCAAGUGGAUCUUUUGACAGCGCAUCUGCUCCAAAGGGAUAUGAACGUCGAUCUCCCAAGAAAAAAACCAUUCCCGGGAAUCCAAGUACUCCCACCCGGGUCAGAGCGUUUCCGAUAACUGCCGCGGAGAACACAGAGUCAAAUGGGAAAACGGCCAAUGGGCCGUCGAGCACAUUUCUGAGCAAAUUCUCUAGAGCCCCCGCGUUUUCUCAAGACCAGACGAAUCUACCAUCCAAAGAUGUUGCCUCUCGCAAGGAAUUAGGUGGAGAUGGUAUAUUCUCCGGAGCGACUUUUCGUGCCAUGGGAGACGCGGCAUGCGACGUCGUCUUUUCUGCUCUCGAAAGAGCAGGAGGUACAUUAUUACAAGCCGGCUCACCGGACUACUACAUCGUUCGUCUUGUUGGUGGCUCUGAUGCCCAAAAAGAGUUCCCGCUUUCCGAGCACGCAAAAUUUAGAACUGAGUGUUGGUUGGAGCGAUGUCUGUUCGAGAACCGGAUAUGCCCCGUCGAGGACAGUAUCACCUGCGUACCUUUGACGGUUCGGCGACCCAUAAAAGACCAUUCGUCUUACCUUGUAGCAUUCUCUGGUUUAGAUACAUUCGACGCCACCUGGGUUGCUCGACUCCUUCGCCUAUUGGGCAAGUUGCCUCUCUCGUUUCUUCAUUUUUCCCGCUCACACAUAAUAGAGAUUCCUAUCUCGCCUGCAUUUUCGAUGCAAUGCACACAUCUGAUCUGUCCAUCUCGUGAAGGCGUCAAAUACCAAAAGGCAAAGGAGUGGGGGAUCCCUGUAGUUGAUUUUGAAUGGCUUACGGGUCUUGCACGCACAGCUACGGAUCCAGACGUCUACAACGAACCCGACUCCGCCUCCAACGUCGUAUCAUCCAUCGGGGAUCUGAAAAUAGGCACAUCUAUGGCAAAUACUGUCGACGACAGUAUGCCUGUCUACAGCCCUGUCUUUGGAGUAACUUCUCCUGGUCGUUCUCAUCUGGUUCGCCCUCCAUCACCUGGCAGUCCUACGCCUACGCGGAAGCAAGCCAAGUUGGACAUCCAUGAGCUUGCACAACGGCUCGGUUCCGGUACCGGAACCCCGAAGAGACUGCUGUCGCCUAACGAGAAGGCAGCUGCAGGUCUAAAGAGUCAAAGAGUGCCAUCCUCUGUGACUCCGUCCCCAAUUCCUCUCACGACGCAGUUGAUAGCUACAAGUAAGCGGUACGACAGCAAUACUCCAACCAUUCCAUUCUUUGAUGUGCAAUCUGCGUCUGCAAAAAACCUGACCAAGAGUAUCGACGCUCUUCUUGGAUCCAAACGUGGCGCAGAGGAGGAUCCAGAAGUAGCGUCGAGCUCAGCACCAGCCGGGCAGGGAAGAGCGCGUAAACGCCCACGUGCUCCAUCAUCAAAGCGGACCGAGGAAUCCCCAUGUAAGAAGCUUGCCCUGGGUCCUCUGGUUCCAAAUUUCGAGAAUGAGCACCGCGUACAUCAUGAUGACAACUGGGCUUCUGCAACAUCGCCUGUGAAAGGGAUCGCGGUCAACUAUGCGGAUCCUUUGGAUGCAGAUGAAAGGCGACGGUUGCAAAUGCUUGUCGACAAUGAAAUUCACCCUCUGGAGGAAGAACAAGUGCAAACGAAGGCUUCCAGAAGGCCCCGACGAUCAACGAGACCGAAAGGCACAUAG